AUGCCCGUUCUCGAUCUGCAGGAGUUCUUCGACUCCAUUCGCCAGACUCAGAACUCUGAUCCAGUCAGUCUCAUUCUGCUGCAAGCAAUCCUUUUUGCUGGCUGCGCGUUUGUGGACAUGCCACUGCUUGAAAGAACAGGAUAUCAGACGAGAAGAGAUGCUCGGAAAGCGUUUUACGUUAAGGUCAAAUACCUCUAUGAACUUGACUGGGAACCGGAUCCCAUCCCGGUCAUACAAGCACUCCUGCUCAUAACCUACUGGUUUGAGUCACCAGAAGAUCAGAAAGACCCAUGGUAUUGGCUAGGAGUGUGUCGGCUACUAGCAAAUAGGAUAGGUCUGGGAAGGAAUCAGAAGAGUGUGAGAAGCCCACCAAAAUCGUGGAGACUUUCACGUCGCCUCUGGUGGCUGUGCAUACUGCAAGACCGUGUCAUUGCCAUUGCCACACGUAAGCCGUUGCAAUUCAAGGAGGAGAACAUCAAUAUGCCAUUGCUCACGCUGGAGGAUUUCGAGACUCAACCGAUCGAUACCGGGAUCGCUUCGCUACGCGAUUCUGCAUUUCUCAAUGACGCGGUAAUCAGACAAACGUUGGCGCGCUUGUGUAUUGAAAAGACAAAACUUGGUCUUUUGAUUGCACGAAUUCUCACUCAAAAUUAUACACUGUCCAGCAUUUCUGAAUCCCCUGUGUCGAGUGUCAUGCUGUACUCUCCCAAUCACCCUUUGACCAACCUGAGCAUGAAUAUUUCGAUUCGUCGCAACCUGGAGGAAUGGCGAAAUUCGCUGCCAGAUGAUUGUGUAUUCCCAGCUCCAUCGACAUAUGCUCGGCAACAAGAUCCCGACGAUAGAGUGCUUUUGCUACAUCGUGCAGUGCUGCGCAUGUUCUCAUUGAUGGCCUUUGGCCUGUUUUAUAGACCCUUACUCUCGGCAAAUAGGGAUCCUCUUUACGAAGCCCAUUUUCCUCGGUGUGAUGUGAAACGGACGGUCACCGAUGUAGCAGAUGAAACAGCCAGAAUGGCCGAGCUUUUCUAUGAGCGAAACAUGGUGCAAAAACUGCCGCCUUAUGCCACCACUUUCUUCAUUUCCGCGCUUCCAACCUUUAUCGUCCAGAUAAACAGUCGCACCGAAGCACUGUGUGAUAACCCAAGAUUUCAAUUCCGCUGGUGCAGUCAAGCAAUUUUUCAGCAGCGAGAUAUCUGGCCUACUGCCGAUCAUGCAUAUGCCUUGAUCCAAGCGAUGGUCUCUAAGGCCCAACUGCAAGAUGAUCAGGGCCUUAUUCCAGAGGGGCUCUCCUCGGAAGAUACAGGAAGCGAUACUGUGUUUCCGAGCCGUGAACUGGUACUACCAGUCUCAGCGACCUCUAUGCUUAUUCCGGAUGGUAACAUGAACGUUGUUGGUGUUCUUCCGGAGAACAUAGAGAACGGGGCAGCAUGGCUGGAGUUCAACGCGAUCUUUAACCAAUAUUGCAAUUCCGUCGAGGCUUAUCCAGCAGGCUAG